CCUUUACAGAGCCUGAAGUAUCAACAACCCUUUGCCUUGAACUUUGCACAUUAGAUUUUCUUGUCACCAGGGUCAGACCAGCCAGCAACAUGCAAACUUUCAAACUCCCUCAUAGAUAGCAGGAGUGCAACACUGACAGGCUUGGAGUACGAGCAAGCGGACGAGGCGCCAGUCGACAGGUAAACAAGGCAACAGAAUAUCCAGCAUGGUGGGAAGGAGACGUGGCUCCAGAGCCAACGGCGGACCACACCAGCCCCAACAGCAACGCAGUGGGGGACCCCGCAAGACUCUGAGGGAGCCAGCAUUAUUUGCCAAGAAAACAGGAUAUGAGUCAGAAGUUCCUCAUGAAAAGAUGACCAUCGCCCAGGCCAAGAGAGGCACGCCAGCAAUCCGGCCAGUGCGAGUCUAUGCCGAUGGGAUCUUUGACCUCUUCCACUCUGGACACGCGCGUGCUUUGAUGCAAGCAAAGAACUUGUUCCCCAACACACAUCUUAUAGUCGGAGUCUGCAGUGACGAACUCACACACAAGUAUAAGGGCUACACGGUGAUGACAGAGUCGGAGCGCUACGAAGCCCUGAUACACUGUCGCUAUGUGGAUGAGGUGGUACGGGACGCUCCCUGGACCCUCAGCCCUGAGUUCCUGAAGAAACAUAAGAUUGACUUUGUGGCCCAUGACGAUAUCCCAUACAGCUCUGCAGGAUCAGAGGAUGUCUACAAACACAUCAAGGAAGCAGGGAUGUUUGUGGCCACACAGAGGACAGACGGUAUCUCUACAUCCGACCUCAUCACCAGGAUAGUGAGAGACUAUGACCUUUAUGUCCGACGCAACCUGCAGAGAGGCUACACAGCCAGAGACCUCAACGUUAGCUUCAUCAGGGAGAAGAAAAUCCGUCUGCAGAACCAGGUGGAUCGUAUGAAGGAGACGGUGAAGACAGUGGAGGAGAAGUCCAAGCACUUUGUGUUCAAGGUGGAGGAGAAGAGCCACGACCUCAUCCAGAAGUGGGAGGAGAAGUCACGGGAGUUCAUUGGGAAUUUCCUGGAGUUGUUUGGUCCAGAUGGAGCGUGGCAUGUGAUCCAGGAGCAGAGUGGGCGCAUGCUCCAGGCCCUGUCACCCUACGCGUCACCCGUUGCCUCGCCCCGUGGCUCCCCCAGUAGCAGCCCCACCAGAGGGCGCUCCCCAUCGCCCCCCUCCUCUCCCACAUCCCCUUCCUCCCGAUCCCCUCGUUCCUCUCCCACCUCCCCUUCCUCUCGCAAGGGUGCCUCUGCCCAUCCCUUAACCUCCCUCAGCAGCACGAGUGAGGGGGAUGACGACGAGUAGAGAUGGCACUGUCAUUCCCAAACAAACACAGACACAAACACUCAGUGUACAUGGUUACUUUGUGCACUUCGUGUAUGUAAGAUGUCGCCCAGUUUACCAUAUUUGUGUUAUUUGAUUGUGUAUGUUGUUAAGGUAACUGAAUGCACUGUGGUAUCUCAAUCAGUUGACUCACUCCAUUCUCACUUCUGAUUCCUGUACCACACAAAUACAUCAAAAUAAUACCACUAUUUCACUGUCUGCAUUUUGCAUCAACCAGGCUUUAGUUUUCUUUAGAAAUACUUAGCGAAACACUCAAAUUUGCAUUCAGUUGUCUACGAUAUGCAGUAAAACAAAACAUUUCGGACAUUUUCUUUUUAAAAUAAUACACUGUUUCUAUGAAAUAUUAAAUACAAAACAAUCAUUUCGGAGAGUAUUUUGUCAUGCAAUAAGUAAUCUAAAGUAAGAUAUGUCUCAAAUGAUUUAGAUAUUGUUCCAUGCAUUUCAUAAGCAUCCAAAGUGAUCAUAAUCUCUUAUAAACAUACAGUACCAGAUUGCAUCAUCAUGCAUUCAAAUACCAUCCUGAGUAACAUUUCAUGUCACAUGUCACAAACACAUACAUACUAACCUAAUCCCUUUUUCUAAGCUGGGAAAAUGCCCACUGGGUGAAUCUAUUGAAAACCAUUGCACACUGCCAUAAGAUUAUAAACUAAUAUUCUUGUUUGACACAGUAUACUGUUACGCAAGGCCAUUAUUUGCAUUAAGGGGAAAAGUACAUUAUUUCCCGUGGUGUCACUCUCACGUGACACUUAUUAAACCUAAUAACAGAGUCAUGCUAUCUGACGAAGGAGGUCACCAAUCGCAAUCUGCUACCAUGGAAACUGUGGUCAAUAAUAACAUACCAGCAAACAAGGAAAUAAAGAUGAUCUGGAUUAAAACUGUGUUUUGGCUUUACCUGCCUGAUGGAAAUAAAUAUGUUACCUGUUCAGACAA